GGGCCCUGACGCCUAGCCUUCGCUGCCAGUGCCAGGGGACGGCGGGCAGCAGGUGCCGAGGACACCGGUGUCAGGGGAAUCAGGGGUGUGCAGGCAGCUUAAGACCCAGUUUCCAGCCUUCGUGGCCAGGCACCUACGCGGCGCCCGAGGGCGGGACCCACGGGGCUCUUACCGGUAGUUUGGGGCUGACCUCGCCCUUACAAAAGUGGCAGAAGAAACGGUGCGCGGCGACAGCGGAGCCCGCGUCCGCCCCCGCCGCCGAGGCCUCCGCCAUGUUUCGCCUCCGCCGCGGAUGUCCGAAAGGGCGGCCGGCGGUCCCUCCCCAGGCCGCUACCUCCUGGGCUGCGGUCGCCGCCGCCGCCGCCGCCGCCGCUGCCGCCGUCGCCGCCUCCUCUGUGCGGCCGGCCGCUCCUGGACCCGCAAGGGUCACGUGAGCCCGCCCGGCCCCGAGAGGCCCGCCCGCCAGCGGCCGCGCGACCCGAGGCCCGCCUCCCGGCACCAAAGGCAGAGGAGGGACCGCCCGCCAGCACCUCAGACAGCCCCUGGCCGGUCCUCCAGCCUUCCACCGAGAGGAAAGAAAGAGCGUCCUCCGGAAACCACCGACACUGCCGGCUAGAGCGGUCCGUGCUCUGACCCUUUCCGCGUCCGCCCGGAUGGCGCUCUACUUUGGAGACGGGGUGGUGGGCUGCCCCUGAGUUUAGGCUGCUGGUCUCCGGAGGAUAACAUUUGGAGCUUCUAAAUUAGCACUGACCCUGAGAGGUCUCACAAUCUGGACCGAGUUUGCUUCGUAUUUACUAUGUAGCCCAGUUCUGAGGCUCUCGGGCACAAUGACUCAAGCAGAGAUUAAACUGUGCUCUCUAUUGCUGCAAGAGCAUUUUGGUGAGAUUGUAGAAAAAAUUGGCGUCCACCUAAUCAGAACCGGCAGCCAGCCUCUUAGGGUAAUUGCCCAUGACACAGGAACAUCACUGGACCAGGUGAAGAAGGCCCUUUGUGUCCUCAUCCACCAUAACCUGGUGAUCUAUCAUGUCCAUAAACGUGGUGUGGUGGAGUAUGAAGCCCAGUGCAGCCGAGUAUUGCGGAUGCUUAGGUAUCCCCGGUACAUCUAUACCACCAAAACGCUGUACAGUGACAGUGGCGAGCUGAUUGUUGAGGAGCUCCUGUUGAAUGGCAAGAUGACAAUGUCAGCUGUUGUGAAGAAAGUAGCGGACCGACUCACAGAGACCAUGGAGGAUGGCAAGACCAUGGACUAUGCUGAGGUCUCAAAUGCGUUUGUGCGACUGGCAGAUACUCACUUUGUACAGCGCUGUCCCCUGGUUCCUGACACUGACAGUUCUGACCCUGGGCCACCGCCACCUGCCCCGACCCUUGUCAUUAAUGAAAAGGACAUGUACCUAGUUCCUAAGCUGAGCUUGAUAGGAAAAGGUAAAAGGAGGCGAUCAUCUGACGAGGAUGCUGCUGGAGAGCCCAAGGCCAAGAAACCAAAAUACACAGAUCACAAAGAGCCCACUCCAGAUGACGGGAUUUAUUGGCAAGUCCACCUUGACAGGUUCCACCAGCACUUCCGAGACCAAGCAAUCGUGAGCGCAGUCGCAAACCGAAUGGACCAGACAAGCAGCGAGAUUGUGCGGACAAUGCUCCGGAUGAGUGAGGUUACCACCCCCUCUGGUGCUCCGUUUACCCAACCACUGUCCUCCAAUGAGAUCUUCAGGUCGCUGCCUGUUGGCUAUAACAUCUCUAAGCAAGUCCUCGAUCAGUACCUCACGCUGCUGGCAGAUGACCCACUAGAAUUUAUUGGGAAGUCUGGCGACAGUGGAGGAGGAAUGUAUGUCAUCAACCUCCAUAAAGCAUUAGCAUCCCUAGCCACUGCAACUCUGGAGUCUGUCAUCCAGGAGAGAUUCGGGUCUCGCUGUGCCAGAAUAUUCCGUCUGGUAUUGCAGAAGAAACACCUGGAGCAGAAGCAGGUGGAGGACUUUGCAAUGAUUCCUGCAAAGGAGGCAAAGGAUAUGCUGUAUAAGAUGCUCUCAGAAAACUUCAUAUCACUCCAGGAAAUUCCAAAAACACCAGACCACGCCCCGUCCAGGACCUUCUAUCUGUACACCGUGAAUGUGCUCUCGGCUGCCAGGAUGUUGCUGCACAGGUGCUACAAGAGCAUAGCCAACUUGAUAGAAAGACGGCAGUUUGAAACGAAAGAGAACAAGCGGCUGCUAGAGAAGUCUCAGAGGGUAGAGGCCAUCAUCGCAUCCAUGCAGGCCACGGGUGCAGAGGAGGUGCAGCUGCAGGAGAUCGAGGAGAUGAUCACAGCUCCUGAACGGCAGCAGCUGGAGACGCUGAAACGCAACGUUAACAAGUUGGAUGCCAGUGAGAUCCAGGUAGAUGAAACCAUCUUCUUGCUGGAGUCAUACAUCGAGAGCACCAUGAAGAGACAGUGACCUAGAAGAAGCAGUCCUGGAAUCGAACUCAGGGCUUUCACGGGCUAGUCAGCUACUGUACCAUUGAGCGCCAUCCCCAACCAGAAACCAGCAUCCUUCUCAAAAGAUCUAGGAGACAGAAAAAAAGAAGGUGCUUGGAUUAAUUCUUUGCAAUGAGAUACGUUGCAGAUUCUUUUUAGGUUUUUCAAGACAGUCUCUCUGUGUAGCCCUGGCUGUCCUGGAA